GCCCACCAACCUACUCGUGCUUGAAUAAUUCUGCGAAGUACUCGCCUGCUUAAACCGCCCAGUUCCAUCGCGCUGUCGCCAAUCGGCCGUCCGACUCGUCUCCUCGUAUACCCCGUUCCGCCGCAUUAAGAACCUACCUCCCUCUCUCACAGACUAUUCUACCGCGCCUCGGUCUCAGCCAAGAUGCCUCCCAAAAAGAAGGACGAACCCAAAGGCAAGAAGCCGUCAGCCGCUAAGGUCGCCGAAGACAAGACCUUCGGCAUGAAGAACAAGAAGGGAUCGGUUGCUCAAAAACACAUAAAGCAGAUAGAGGCCUCCGCCAAGGCUGGCGGGAGCGCCGAAGAGAAGAAGAGGCAAGCAGAGAAAGACGCUCGUGCCCGAGAGAAGAAGGCUGCCGAGGAUGCCAAGCGGGAAGCCGAAGCCCUGCUCAACAAACCGGCCCAGAUCCAAAAGGUUCCUUUCGGUGUCGACCCGAAGACUGUGGUCUGCAUUUUCUUCAAGAAGGGCAAUUGCGAAAAGGGGAAGAAGUGUAAAUUUGCACACGAUCUCUCCGUAGAACGGAAGACCGAGAAGAAGAAUCUCUACACCGACGGUAGAGAGGAGGAGGAGGUAAAGAAGAAACAAGAGACAUCGGAAGACUGGGAUGAAGAGAAGCUGCGGAAGGUCGUGCUCUCCAAGAAGGGUAACCAGGUAACUACCACGGACAAAGUCUGCAAACACUUCAUCGAGGCCAUCGAGGACGGGAAGUACGGUUGGUUCUGGACGUGCCCAAACGACGGUGACAAGUGCAAGUACAAGCACGCCCUCCCACCAGGUUUCGUGCUCAAGACGAAAGAACAGCGUGCUGCCGAGAAAGCGCUCAUGGACAAGUCUCCGCUCAAGACUCUGACUCUCGAGGACUUCCUGGAAUCGGAGAGGCACAAGCUCACCGGGACCCUCACGCCCGUCACCCCGGAAAGCUUUGCAAAAUGGAAGAAGGAGCGGUUAGGCAAGAAGGCUGCCGAGGAGCAAGCUCGGCAAGCCAAGGAGUCAACUGGUCGCGCCCUGUUCGAGAGCGGGAACUGGAGAUAUGGCGAGGAUGAUUCCGAGGAAGAAGACGAUGACGGCGUCUGGAAUCUGGAGAAGCUGCGACAAGAAACGCUUGCGAUCCGAGAUAGAAAGGAAGCGGAACGGAUAGCUGCCGAGGCAGGUUAUUCAGUCGACUCAAUUCAACCUCCGGACGACGGUGAUGGUACAUCCGUUGCCGAUGGCUCUUGAGAUCGUCGCCCUUGUCCUCGUAGACCGAAAGAAUGAUCAUUCGGCCAGGCCCGCGGGGACACUUGACGAACAACACACAUUUAACAUAAGCGACGAGCCGAGCCCAACGACGUAUCGCUUGACUGGUACAAGUAAUAGGCUUGUCACCUUCAGGUCGAGGCGGACCUUUCGUAAACCGAGCCGCCGGCUAGUCCUUACAAAUCAUGCAGAACUACGAACCCCGUUGAGAUAGGACCAACAGAAUCGAGCUUCCAGCUUAGGUUCAUAGGCUAUACAAAAUAAACGGCAGAUUGACAAGUUUACGACACAAUUGGUCCGCAUUACCCUUCAGGCGCCGCGAACCCCUCAAAGUAAGAAUGCGGGUGAAGUAUCAAACUAAAAGCAAUAUCCUUAGCUGAUACACUC